AUGACUGGACCUCCAGCCCCAUUACCACACUACCUUAAUGCCGAAGGUCGAGCACUGGCACGAUUCGCAGUAGAAGGCAGCGUCGUCAUCACCGGCGGCGCAGGCACCCUCGGCCUAAGCGCAGCCCGCGCUCUCCUCGAACACGGCGCCUCAGGUCUCUGUCUCUGGGACUUAGAAUCCACCCUCCGCUCCUCGCAAACCUCCAUCCUAGAACUAGCCAAAGACUUCCCCAAAACCCGAAUCUUCAGCAUAGGCGUCGACGUAACCGACGCCGAAGCAAUUUCCGAAGCAACUGCUUCCGUCGUCCAAACCCUAGGUUCUCUCGACCACAUUUUCUGUUUCGCAGGCAUCGUAGGCUGUCAUCACGCCACAGAAAUGACAGCAGAGCAAUGGCGGAAAACUUUAGACGUCAAUACCACGGGUUCAUUCCUUUGUGCUCAAGCUGCUGCGAGACAGAUGCAAGCACAGAAAACGAAUGGGAGUAUUACUUUGACGGCUUCGAUUUCUGCGCAUAGAGUUAAUUACCCGCAACCGCAGGCCGGGUAUAAUGUUUCCAAGGCGGCGAUUGUGGCGCUUGUCAAAUCUUUGGCGGCUGAGUGGGCGGUGUCUGGGAUUAGAGUGAAUUCGAUUAGUCCAGGGUAUAUGGAUACCAUUUUGAAUGCGGGCGGUGGGAAUAUUGCUGAGGCGAGAGCGGUUUGGGCGAGUAGAAAUCCGAUGGGGAGGAUGGGUGCUGUGGGAGAGUUGGAUGGGAUGUGCGUGUUGCUUGCCAGUCGGGCGGGAAGCUAUAUCAAUGGAGCGGACAUGGUUAUUGACGGUGGAGCGAUCAUCUUCUGA